AUGUUUUACUCGUUUGUUUGUGGAUCUUUCCAUCAUCAAGAAGGAGAUGAUGAAUCCUGGAUCAGGCCGGUUUCGACACCUAAAAGAUCAAGGAGAAAAAGGGAUAACGAGAACCCGUAUUCGACACGUGGACUCGAUCAGUUCUAUGCACUUCUAGCUGAACUCGAAGAGAAGAGGCAACGGAUUUACUCACAAAUGGGAAACAGAGGUGUAGUUCGAUUCGUUUACAAGAACUCGAACUAUUGUGUUCCUCUCGUGGUAAAGCCCAAGGACAAGAAGGAAGAGAAAAUCAAACCAGCAACUAUAAGUGAUCAUCAGCCUCGAAGGGAUAAGCUUCAAACAACAUCGGAAUCAGAUCGAAAGAUCAAGAAAGAGAAGAGCAUUUCAUGGAAUGAUGCGUUGCAGAAUUUGAGAAGACCUUCUCAUUACAUACCAGCAGUUAUAAUCUUGAUUUUGGUAUCCUUGGUAUGUUUUGGAAGGUCUGUAGCAAUACUAUGUACUUGUAUCGGAUGGUACACGGUUUCCGCUACAAGUGAGGAAGGUUCGAAUUUGAGGACAUCAAUGAAAAAGAAAAAUUACGUUGGAAAGUUGAGUGAAAACAAAGCUGUAACCGGUAAACUAUCUUCUCCUAAGAGUAAAAAGUUUGGGGCUACAAGAGAGAAGUUCCCACAAUCUAUUUAA